UUCGGAUGCGGAUCUGGUCCUUUUCCUCAGCUGCUUCUCCAGCUACCAGGACCAGAUGGAGACCCGUGCGGCUGUGCUUGACACUGUCAAGCAGAAGCUGAACCGGUGCCGACAGACCAUCGCCUUCAGCGUUGACGUGGAGGUUUCCCAGCCGAAGGAGAAGGGCACCUGCCCGCGCUCGCUUUCCAUCACCAUCCAGUCGAAGAAGCCGUGGGAAUCCAUCGAGGUGGACGUGCUCCCGGCCUACGAUGCCUUAGGGCAGGUGACUCCUGGCAGCAAACCUUCCCCCCAGGUCUAUGAGGAUCUGAUUCGGGCCAGAGCCGGGCCCGGUGAGUUCUGCACCUCCUUCACCGAGCUGCAGAGGGACUUCGUUAAGCGUCGCCCGGCCAAGCUCAAGAACCUGCUGCGGCUGGUCAAGCACUGGUACAAAGAGGUGAGGUGCCCUGCCCUGCCCCGCCCUGGUCAGUGAUACCCCCCUUGCUCCUUCUCACGCUCCGCCAGCCCUAGGGGUUACCACUGUAUGUUAAUGCGAGUUCAGCUGAGGAGCUCUCCCGGCUGACAAAAGAACCUCCCACACCUUAAAAACCCCUCUGGA